UGUGAAGCUCCCCUGAAGAAGGAGGGUGGCCUCCCGGAAGGGCCGGUCCUCGAGGCUCUGUUGUGUGCGGAGACAGGGGAGAAAAAAAUUGAACUGAAGGAUGAGGAGACCAUUAUGGACUGUCAGAAACAGCAACUGCUGGAGUUUCCACAUGACCUUGAGGUGGAAGACUUGGAAGAUGACAUUCCCAGGAGGAAAAACAGAGCCAAAGGAAAGGCGUAUGGCAUUGGGGGUCUCCGGAAACGCCAGGACACCGCUUCCCUGGAGGACCGAGACAAGCCGUAUGUCUGCGAUAUCUGUGGGAAACGAUAUAAGAAUCGGCCGGGGCUCAGUUAUCACUACACCCACACCCACCUGGCUGAGGAGGAGGGGGAGGAGAACACGGAGCGCCACGCCCUGCCCUUCCACCGGAAAAACAACCAUAAACAGUUUUACAAAGAAUUGGCCUGGGUCCCUGAGGCACAGAGGAAACACACAGCCAAGAAGGCACCUGAUGGCACGGUCAUCCCCAAUGGCUACUGUGACUUCUGCUUGGGUGGCUCUAAGAAGACAGGCUGUCCCGAGGACCUC